CCGGGAGGAGCGGCACCGAUCGGGCUUGUGAGCCGGGGCCCUACUCUGACGGAGGUGGAGGGGUGUUGUCAUCUGUGCGUUGCAGCCGAGGAUGAUAAUGAGGAGGAGGAGGCCGGCGUUGGCGGUACCGGUGGGUUACAGCUCGGCCAGACGAUGCCUCACCCUGGUUUAAAAAAGAAGUUUGCAAGUAAACAAAGAGGAUGAGAUAGCUUUCAUCACAUCCGGCAGAAGAAACAGAGACACAAUAUGAUCCAGGCUCACCACGUUACAGAGAUAAAUGGAAUGCCAGUGGAUUUAUUGAAAAGAAGAACUGCAUGUGCAAGUUGUCGCCUGUACCAGGUUGUGUUCAUCACAGUGGCAGUUCUUCUGUUUGGUAUUUAAUGCGUUAAACUCUCUGCUUGCCAACACCAAGAAGAAUGGGGCAGGAGAAAGGAAAAUAUGACUUUUACCUAGGCUUGGUAUUAGCCAUUAGCUCCAGCAUAUUUAUUGGAGGGAGUUUUAUCCUAAAAAAGAAAGGCCUCCUCAGACUGGCCAAAAAAGGGUCAAUGAGAGCAGGUCAGGGAGGACAUGCAUAUCUUAAAGAAUGGCUAUGGUGGGCUGGACUAUUGUCAAUGGGAGCUGGAGAAGCUGCUAACUUUGCUGCAUAUGCUUUUGCUCCGGCAACGUUAGUAACCCCAUUGGGAGCCCUCAGCGUCCUAGUAAGUGCAAUUCUGUCAUCUUACUUCCUGAAUGAGAGGCUUAAUCUCCAUGGAAAACUUGGUUGUCUUCUUAGUAUUGUUGGUUCAACUGUCAUGGUAAUACAUGCGCCACAAGAGGAAGAGGUGGAAACGAUACAAGCAAUGGCCACGAAACUUAAAGAUCCAGGUUUUGUGGUGUUCGCGACUUUUGUCAUCAUAAUUUCCCUGAUCCUUAUAUUUGUUGUUGGUCCUCGUCACGGACAGACAAACAUCCUGGUUUACAUAACCAUUUGUUCUGUAAUUGGUGCCCUAUCUGUCUCCUGUGUGAAAGGCCUUGGUAUUGCCAUAAAGGAACUUUUUGCUGGGAAGCCCAUCCUUACCAACUCUCUGUCAUGGAUCCUCCUUCUGAGCCUUAUUGCUUGUGUAAGCACCCAAAUUAACUACUUGAACAAAGCACUUGACAUUUUCAACACAUCCUUAGUGACUCCCAUUUAUUAUGUGUUCUUCACUACAUCUGUUUUGACAUGUUCAGCUAUCCUUUUCAAAGAAUGGUAUCACAUGGACAACGAUGACAUCAUUGGCACAUUGAGUGGUUUCCUCACCAUCAUAGUGGGCAUCUUUCUGCUGCAUGCCUUUAAGGAUAUCAAUUUAACAUUGGCAAGUUUGCCCGUGUUUAUGAGAAAAGAGGAGAAAGGAUUUACUGCCAAUGGUAGUGCACAUUACGAGCGGUUGGACCACAAUGUGGAAAAUGAAAGCUGUACUGAUAGUUCUGAAAUGCACUCUGAAUUGAUUUCUUCCAGAAGAAAUGGCAACAUAAUCAACAUGUGAGAGUUGGAUAAUAGUGUUAAGGGAUAAAGGAAAUACACUGCCCUGUGCUGUCAUAGUCACCAGAAUUGAGCUGCUUGUAAAAAAAAAAGUUAUCUGUAUUGGUGACUUCAUUUGUUGUAAUGGAGAGUCUCUUGGGACAAUCAUUUUUCACCCCAGUGUGAUUGGAAUGGACUCUGGGUCAUUGUAUUUACCUUUUUAUUUGCCUUAAUUUUCAUGACUUUUUUUUAAAAUAAAUAUUUCAGAUGAUGCAUUGUGGUUUACAAGGAUUAAGCUACUAUUGUAAAAUUGUCAGCAUAUUUGGACUCUAAUUUAAUUUUUUGGAAACAAUAUUGUAUGUUUUGAAAACAAUACUGUAUGCACUGAGAGCCCUAAUUUUAAAUGUUUGAAAUAAAAUUCUUUUGGAUUCUCUUCA